AUGCUUUCCCUUUUGGUACAAACUAUAGUAAUCGCUUUGCUAGCUGCUCUGUCCUUCGCAGACGUGGACCCUGUCAAAGACUUAGCGACCUACAACAAUGGCUUUCUCGGCCAGUUUCCCUCUCAGACCUUCAAAUCAUCAGAUGCAGUCGCCCCUGUCUUUCAGAUCAAUACCUUUGAGCCCAGUCUCAUUGAUAAUUCUGGAUUUCUCUUUCUGACAUUGAAAUAUGGCGACAAAUCGGGACCUGCCAUAUUUUCAAGCAAAGACCUAAGCCUUGUGUAUGCCGACAUCAAGUAUGAACGGACUUUCGAUGCCCGAGCACAGAUGAGAUAUGGGGGAAAGUAUCUCACUUUCAUUGAGGGUGGCCGCUGUCACGCUUUCGACGCCAACUACCAAAAGAAAUGGUCAGUUUCAGUCCGGGACUUGGGGGCUGUCGAGGCCGACAUCCACGAUUUCGAAUUCACUACCCAAGGAACUGCUCUUUUGACUGCGUACCAGGAUGUCAGAUACAACUUGACUGUUCUUGGAGGGGAUAUAGAUGGCUGGUUGAGCGACUCCAUCUUCCAAGAAGUUGAUCUUGACACGGACCGAGUCUUCAAUGUGUGGAGAUCAUUUACACACGUCAACUUAACUGAUACGAUGGUUGAUUACGACCCAAAAACAACCUAUAUGGGUGGCCAUGGUUUCGACUGGUUUCAUAUUGACAGCACCUCGAAGAACCAUUAUCUUGUUUCAUCAAGGGGAUUAUCGGCAAUCAUCCUUCUCCAUGCUGGCACAUUGGAUCCACGAUGGAUUCUUGGAGGAAAACACAAUCAGUUCAAAGACCUCAGCGGCGGCAACGCGACCAAUUUCGCCAAUCAAUAUAACGCAAGGUUCGUCCAGGGCAACGAGAGCCGAUUAAGCUUCUUUGACAACCAAGUCACCGAAAACGGGAUGUGUAAUGACGAUAAUUGUUCUCGAGGCGUUGUUGUGGAACUCGACUAUGACAAAAUGACUGUUCGGCUUUUACACGAGUUUUACCAUCCCCAAAGGAUAUAUUCGGGCUCAGGAGGCAGUGUCCAAGGCUUAGACAACGGAAAUUUCCUUGUCGGUUGGGGUGCAAACCCGGGUAUCACUGAACAUUCGCCCAACGGGACGGUCGUGAUGGACAUCCAACAAGGAGUCAUCCCUCACGUCUUCGACAACAACCCAGACAAAGAUAUGUCUGUUUAUCGUGCCUGGAAGAUGGAUUGGAUUGGCCGGCCUCCAUGGGGUCCUUCCAUCGCUUCGUCAGCUCCUGGAGAAGACACAUCAAAUGCAACUGUUUAUGUGUCUUGGAAUGGCGAUACCCAGGUUCAUAGAUGGGAGUUGUAUGAAGUAGAAGAUGAUGCGAACGUCACUUCUACUCCCAGACUUCUUGCAAACUCGUCCCGAUCCGGCUUUGAAACGGAAAUUCAUCUGGGAGGGUUAGGACUACCAUCCCCUGGGUCUGCUCGAGCAGUUGCUGUCAGUAAAAGUGGCAAGAUCCUCGGCUCAACGGCUACAGUUGACCUUGCAAGCGGCGAAAUUCACGGCAACAGGAGUAGUGUCUGGAUAUUGACGCCGCAGCCUUCCGAUGAAGAGCCAAUCGACCACCGUCCUGAUGGUAAAAAGAAGGAAGAUGACGAGGAAGAUACUGCAUAUCAGACAAAGCCCUCUGUGAGCUCGCUAUUCGCUCUUCUACUUGCUAUCGCUUUCAUAUCUUUCUAA